UUAUGUUAGGUUAUGUUACCGAUGAAGUUUUAAUAUUCGUCGACGAAAUGAUAAUCACAAACACCAUUCGUAGCGUUUUGAAUAUCCGGAGUAACUGUUCGCACAGAUAUGUCGAAGUAUUCUGUAAACGAAUCAGACAGCUUCCAGCAACGUUCCAUGAAACUUGCUACUCUACAGGCACAGACGAAUUGGAGUCCUUUGAAACGCCGAUAGAAGCAAUCCGUAACUUUAGUAUAAUAGCACACGUGGAUCAUGGAAAAAGUACAUUGGCAGAUCGGUUAUUGGAAAAGACAGGAGCGAUUCAGCGUAACGCAGGAGCUCAGUUCUUAGACAAAUUACAAGUUGAGAAGGAGAGGGGUAUAACGGUAAAGGCGCAAAGCGCGUCGUUAAAGUACAAGCACAAGGGAACAAACCAUCUGCUGAAUCUAAUCGACACUCCUGGACAUGUUGAUUUUUCAAACGAAGUCGCGAGGUCCCUGGCCGCCUGCCAGGGUGUGAUUCUCCUUGUUGAUGCAAAUCACGGGGUCCAAGCACAGACUGUGGCCAACUUUUACCUCGCUUUUGCUCAGGAUCUCACCAUUAUUCCAGUUUUGAAUAAAGUUGACUUAAAGAAUGCAGACCCAGAGCGAGUCAUCGGUCAGCUUAAUACUCUUUUCGAUAUCGAGGCAAAAGAUGUUCUGAAGAUAUCAGCCAAGCUCGGCACUGGUGUCGACGAACUGCUUGAAGCUAUUGUCGAGAGGGUGCCACCUCCGUCUGUCAACAGAAGCGGACCGCUCAAAGCCCUAAUAUUCGACAGCUGGUUCGAUAAGUGGAAAGGAGCGAUUUCUUUGGUAUAUAUUAACGAAGGAUCUGUUUCAGUCGGAGAUCAAAUUUCAUCCAUACAUACUGGAAACUCAUAUGAAGUCAAGAAUCUGUUUCUCCUAACACCGUUUGAAAAAAACAUUAAAACAUUGUUCGCUGGCCAAAUUGGAUGCAUUGCCUGUAAUAUGAAAUCAACGAAAGAAGCAUACGUCGGUGAUACUCUACAUUUGAAAGAAUUUCCUGUCGAAGCUCUCAAAAAAUUUGCACCAGCAAGACCCAUGGUCUUUGCAGGAGUUUACCCAAUGGAUCAAUCGCAACAUGUUCCAUUGCGUAGCGCUAUUGAUAAACUAGUACUGAACGAUUACGCAGUAACCACUGAGGUUGAUUCUAGUCCAGCAUUAGGGUUGGGGUGGAGAUUAGGUUUUCUAGGCCUGUUGCACAUGGAGGUUUUCAUCCAGCGCCUGGAACAGGAAUACGGCACCCUGCCUUUAGUGACCGCGCCCAAUGUCACUUACAAGGCAAAAAUCAUUGGGGCAAAGAAUAUUACUAAAUACAAAAGCGAUGAGGUAGUCUUUAACAAUCCAAGUAAAUUUCCUCCUCAGAGUGUAGUGUCCGAGUAUUACGAGCCUAUUGUCUUAGGGACCAUUAUAACACCAGACGAAUAUUUGAGCCCUGUAAUGUCGCUGUGCAUGGAGAAAAGAGGUAUCCAUAAAUCUGGAUCAAAUAUCGACGGUCGGCGAGUGUUGCUGCAAUUCGAUUUGCCGCUCAAUGAAAUUGUCAUGGACUUUCACGAUUCGUUGAAAUCAAUCAGUUCGGGAUAUGCCAGUUUCGAUUAUGAGAAUUUGAGAUACGAACCAGCAAGUCUAGUCAAGCUGGAUAUUUUACUGAAUGGUGUGCUCGUAGAAGAGCUGAGCACUAUAGCGCACUAUUUAAAGGCUACCGCCAUCGCGAAGAAAAUGGUUACGAAGUUGCAAGAUAUCAUUCCAAGACAACAAUAUUUAAUCGCCAUCCAGGCGGCGGUCGGAUCUAAAAUACUCGCCAGAGAAAAUAUAAAACCCUAUAGGAAGGAUGUGACAGCAAAGUUGUACGGCGGUGACAUAACGAGGAGGAAAAAGCUGCUUGCCCAACAGGCAGAAGGAAAACGGCGAAUGCGUAUGAUUGGAAAUAUAUCACUACCCCGAGAAACGUUUAUAGAAUUUCUUAAAAAAUAGGGUUUUCAAAUAAAUUAAUAGUUCAACUGUACGGAUUAAAUAAUUUAAAUUUC